AUGUGUGGGUACACGGAUGCCGAGAAUGCCGUCCGGUUGCAGAAAAGCCUAACAGGGAAGGCGUACGACGCAGUGAAGAGCCGUUUGAUGCAUCCCUCCAACGUUAAAGGAGUCAUUGACACGCUUCGGAUGAGAUUUGGACAGCCAGAAGCUAUUGUCCACUCGUUGAUAGCGAAAAUAACAGCUUUACCACCACUGAAGGAGGACAAACUUGAGACAAUAAUGGAUUUUGCCGUUGAGGUUCAAAACUUCUGUGCCAUCGUCGAUGCAUGCGAAAUGGAAGAGCACAUGUACAACGUGUCGCUGCUGCAUCAACUCGUUUGUAGACUUCCACCAUCGAUUAAGCUGGACUGGGCCAGAUAUCGCUAUACGUUACCUAGAGCCAACCUGGCAACAUUCGGAAACUGGAUCUAUUCGUUAGCAGAAGCUGCAAGUACUGUGACAAUUCCAGCAAUCCAAGACCUCAAACUUUCGCGGAACGAGCCUCGUCCAAUAAAAAAGAGCACCGGGUUUCUAAACGCGCAUCUAGAAUCAACCGAAACGGAUUCGAAGCCAGAUAUGGAGACAGCUCGAAAGGAUGCAGUCACGCUUCACGGAAAGAGCGGGAGCAUUCAGACUUUCGCCUUCUUGGACGAAGGUUCCAAGCUAACCCUUAUGGAUAAAGACCUUGCCGAUGAACUCGAGUUGGAAGGAGAUGAAAGCCCAUUAUAUCUUCGAUGGACUGGCGGCACCGAGCGAUGCGAAAAAGAUUCCCGGGUCACGACUGUUACGAUUGCAGGCACACAUGAUGGAGCAAAGAGUUUCAAACUGGAUGAGGUGCGAACGGUGAAUGAUCUGCAGCUGCCUCGGCAAUCUCUGAACAUUGGAAAGAUGUCGGAACAGUACCCGUACUUACGUGGCCUACCCAUAGAAUCCUACAAAGGCGCCCGUCCAAGAAUUUUGAUCGGACUGAAACACGCUCACGUUAGUCUUGUGCUGCAGUGCCGGGAAGGUAAGCUGGAACAACCUAUAGCCAUAAAGACACGUCUGGGGUGGACAGUAUGCGGUGGAAGUGACGGCGAAAAUGUACCGAACAUGGUACACUAUUCGUUCCAUGUAGGGUCACGCGACGGUCAUUUGGAUGAAGACCUGCAUCAAGCCAUGAAGGAUUACUUUGCUCUAGAUAGUAUGGGAGUAGCAAAGCCGAAUGAAGUCCUACUGUCCUCCGAAGAUCAACGAAGCUGUAGAAUGUUGGAAUCACUAACUCAUCUCAACGGAGAUCGAUACGAAACAGGAUUACUGUGGCGCUAUGAUGACAUCCGUCUUCCAAAUAGUCGACAGAUGGCGCUUCGCCGGUAUAACCUGCUGGAAAAGCGUAUGGCGAAGACUCCAGAACUUGCCAAAGCCCUAGACCAGAAGAUCGCCGAGUACAUUACAAAAGGGUACAUACGACGGUUAUCCAAGGAGGAAGAAGAUCGACCCGCUUCACGUGUCUGGUAUCUGCCGGUAUUUCCAGUGUUUAAUCCGAACAAGCCGGCGAAAAUCCGGAUCGUAUGGGAUGCAGCUGCCACGAUAUUUGGAAUGUCGUUAAACUCCGCCCUCCUGAAGGGACCCGAUCAGUUGUGCUCGCUAUACUCCAUACUAUUGCAGUUCAGGGAACAUCCGAUUGGACUCACUGGUGAUAUACGCGAGAUGUUCCACCAGAUACAGAUCCGGGAACAGGACCGAUCAUGUCAACGAUUUUUUUGGAGGAAUGAGCGCGGAGAAACCACCGUCUUCGAAAUGUGUGUCAUGACCUUUGGUGCGUGUUGCUCGCCAAGCAGUGCGCAGUUCGUGAAAAAUCUUAAUGCUGAAAGGUUCAUUGGAAGGUAUCCUGAAGCAGUUGACGUCAUCAUCAAACGCCAUUACGUGGACGACAUGCUAGUAAGCGUAAAGACGGAGAAAGAGGCUAUCACCUUGGCAAACCAGGUCAAAUAUGUACACUCCCAAGGCGGGUUCGAAAUCCGCAACUGGAUAAGCAACUCACCAGCGGUUAUGCGGUCUUUAGGAGAGGAUGAAGCGAAGAUAAAGAAUCUUGACCUUUCCGCUGAAAUGGCAACGGAGAAAGUUUUGGGGCUGUGGUGGUGCACUGAGAAGGAUACGCUCACGUACAAAGUAGGCUGGACCCGUUAUGAUGAAGUGCUCUUAGAAGAACAACGACGUCCCACGAAGCGGGAAGUGCUGAGAGUGCUCAUGUCCAUUUUCGACCCUCUUGGUUUGAUUGCCCACUUUCUAAUUUAUCUUAAAGUCCUACUACAAGAAAUCUGGCGUUCCGGAGCCCAGUGGGACGAGAAGAUCAACGAUAACCUUUUUUUGAAGUGGCAAACCUGGUUGCAAGUGCUACCUGAUGUCGAAGGCGUACAAAUACCUCGGUGCUAUCAUACACGAAAUCCGGCCGCCUGUGAAAUACAGCUGCAUACGUUUGUCGAUGCCAGUGAGAACGGGUUUGCUGCCGUAUCGUAUAUGAGAUUCUCAAAUGGUGACGAAGUGGAAUGUACUCUCAUCACAGCAAAAACCAGAGUCGCUCCCCUGAAAUACCUAUCCAUCCCUAGACUUGAGCUACAGGCAGCGGUUCUCGGUGCGAGACUAGCACAAACGAUCAGUGAAUCCUUGUCCAUUCGAGCAACUCAACGUUAUUUUUGGACCGAUUCACGAGAUGUGCUGUGCUGGAUUAACUCUGACCACCGUCGGUUCUCACAAUUCGUGGCACACCGAGUUAGCGAGCUGCUUGACACGACCGAAGCCAAUAAUGAACCAAAGAGGGAUAGGAAACUACACUACAAUGACGCCACGAAAUGGCAAGGGCGACCAGACCUCACCGUUAAUAGUAGAUGGUUCAAUGGUCCCCACUUCCUUCUAAAAAGUGAGGCCUACUGGCCACGACAAACGCAGUUCAACACAUCGACAUUAGAAGAGCUCCGUCCACAUGUACUUGCGCACAUUCCAACUGAAAUGCCGGUGCUACGCGUCACAGAUUACUCUAACUGGAGAAGGUUGGUCACCGUGAUCGCGUUUGUACUUCGCUUUCCGGAUAACUGUCGCCGUAAGCUGCAACAUCACCCGAGCCGCACCGGUUCAUUAUGUACGGAAGAGAUUCGAACAGCCGAAGAAUGUAUUAUACGCCAAGCUCAACAAGACGCAUUUCCCGAGGAGAUUAAUGCCCUGAUGCAAAGUAAAAGGAUUGCACGAAGCAGCUCACUUUUCAAAUUAACUCCAUUUAUCGACGAAAGCGGGAUGUUACGCAUGCGUGGCCGGACUACCAUCUGUCCGUUCAUUGCCGAGGAAGCGAAGAAUCCCAUCAUACUGCCCCGUGACCACCACACUACCACAUUGAUUGUCAGAAAGUACCACGACAAGUACCACCAUCUCAACCAAGAAACCGUGGUUAAUGAACUUCGACAGAGGUUCUCGAUCUCCCGACUACGCACUGUUUGUGCCAAGGUUAGAAGAAACUGCCAGCGUUGCAAAAACGAUAGAGUUGUGCCGAGCGCUCCGAUUAUGGCUGAUCUGCCUGAAGCCAGGCUAGCUGUAUAUUCUCGACCUUUCACCCACGUAGGCAUCGACUAUUUUGGAUCAAUGGAGGUCGCUAUCGGCCGUAGGGUGGAAAAACGCUGGGGAAUGCUAGCCACUUGUAUGACAACGCGGGCAGUACACAUUGAAGUUGCACAUUCCCUUAGCACCGACUCUUGCGUAAUGGCCAUCCGUAACAUGAUCGCUAGACGUGGAAUUCCCCGAUAUAUAUACUGCGACCGCGGGACCAAUUUCGUUGGUACAAGCAGGGAGCUGAGCCGCGUCGAAAAGGAACUCGAUCAUGAAGCGAUGAUGAGAGAGUUCGCCAGAUCUGAAAUUGCUUGGUCUUUCAACCCCCCGUUGUCGCCGCACAUGGGAGGAUGUUGGGAGCGCCUGAUACGCAGUGUAAAGAACAGUUUGAAGUCCUUGAACCUCCCACGUCGACCAUCAGAUGAGAUUUUGCGUAAUGCACUGACCGAGAUUGAGAAUACGUUAAAUUCGAGACCACUCACCCACAUUCCGAUUGACGAUGAUGCCGCUCCAGCACUCACCCCCAACCAUAUUCUGCUGGGACACUCCAGCGGGGCAAAACCACUCACCACGCUCGAUGACAGUUUCACCAUCGUACGUCAAUGCUGGCGCACUUCUCAGGUCAUCGCCAACCAAUUUUGGAGACGAUGGAUUGCUGAGUAUCUACCGGAGAUAACUAGGAGGACAAAAUGGUAUGUUUCUAGUGCAUCACCGAUUAAGAUGGGUGACAUCGUCGUUAUCGUGGACUCGACCUUCCCUCGUAAUUGUUGGCCCAAGGGAAGGGUAAUAGCGACACGCCCAGGACGAGAUGGAGUGGUACGGUCAGCUACAGUAAGGACGUUGACUGGCGUCUACGAGAGGCCGGUUGUCAAGCUAGCUGUAUUGGACGUUUUACGCGAAGAGAUGUAG